AUGGGAGCGGCCAGAAUAAUGGCCCAAAUCAUCGAUGGAAAAGCACUUGCAAAGGAAAUUAAAGACGAGUUGAAGACAAAAAUCCAUGGCCUUGUUAACCUAGGACACCGAGCACCGUCGCUUCGUUGUAUAAUUGUUGGAGAUGAUCCUGCAAGCCAUACAUACGUUAAGAAUAAAAUACAAGCAGCAAUAGAUAUUGGAAUUGAUGCAACAACUAUCACAUAUGAUGCAACAUUGAGUGAGGAUGAUCUGAUUGCUGCAAUUAAUUCGUUAAAUACUGACAAAAAUGUAGAUGGAAUAUUAGUACAGCUUCCGUUGCCUGGUACUAUGGAUGAAAGAAAAGUAUGCAAUGUGGUAUCUCCAGAGAAGGAUGUUGAUGGUUUUCAUAUAAAUAAUAUUGGUCAACUGUGUCUAGAUAUGCCAACUUUAGUGCCAGCAACUGCACUUGCUGUAAUAGAAAUUUUGAAAAGAUACAAAAUUGAAACUUUCGGUCGAAAUGCCGUAGUUGUAGGCCGUUCUAAAAAUGUUGGUAUGCCAAUCGCCAUGAUGCUGCACAGCGAUAAAAAUCACAAUAGUGGCCUGGGAAUGGACGCAACGGUUACUAUAUGUCACCGUUACACCCCACCAGAAAAAUUAGAAUUUUUCUGCCGCAAUGCCGAUAUAAUCAUUACUGCAACAGGUGUUCCCAAACUGAUAAAAGCUAAUAUGGUUAAGCCAGGGGCAACCAUUAUAGAUGUUGGAAUUACAAGAAUCACCGAUGAGCAAGGAAAGACAAAAUUAGUUGGGGACGUAGAUUAUGACGAGGUUAGUAAAAUUGCGGGUGCUAUCACGCCUGUUCCUGGAGGUGUUGGGCCUAUGACGGUGGCGAUGCUGAUGCACAACACUUUCCAAGCCGCGCAGAGGCUAAGACAGAAAGAAUCAAAUAUUCAGUGA